GCCCGGCGCUGCCCGCGGCCGCGGGGCGGCCCAAGAUGGCGGCGCUGGGGCUGCUGCUGCAGGCGGCGGGGCCGCUGCGCCUCUGCCGCGGCCCCCGCGGGCCCUGCGCGGCUCCCCGCGGGCUCUGCUCGGCUCCCCGCGGGCCCGCCGAGCCCCGCCGCGACGAGGAGGACGAGGAGGAGCCCGAGGCGGCGCAGGAUUCCAGAGACUUACUAAAGGAAUUUCCACAGCCUAAAAACUUGCUCAACAGUGUGAUUGGCCGAGCCCUGGGCAUUUCCCAUGCAAGGGACAAGCUGGUGUACAUCCACACUAAUGGGCCAAGGAAAAAGAAAGUCACUCUGCACAUAAAGUGGCCGAAGAACGUGGAGGUGGAGGGCUAUGGGACCAAGAAGAUCGAUGCGGAGCGGCAGGCGGCGGCUGCGGCGUGCCAGCUCUUCAAGGGCUGGGGCCUGCUGGGCCCCCGGAACGAGCUGUUUGAUGCCGCCAAGUACCGGCUGCUGGCCGACCAGCUGGGCUGUCCCGACGAGCGCUGGUGCCCCGAGGGCAAGUGGCGCUCCAAGUCCGGCCCCUCCCUCGCCGACCUGUCCACCUGCUGGCGCCGCAUGGAGCCCGACGAGGCCAUCCAGCCCAUGGAGCAGGGCAGGAUGCCCAAGGCCAUGAGGAGGGAGGAGCUGGAGGAGGGGGAGCUGGAGGAGGGCGAGCUGGAGGAAGGGGAGCUGGAGGAGGAGGCCAUCGAUGUCUCGGAUUACCUGCCCAUGGCACAGCAGGACGCACGGACCCCGGGCAGGGACCCCAGCCGAGGAGGGAGUUCCAUUGAAAUGACAGAUGACAACACCGCCAUCCGUGCCCUGACGCAGUUCCCACUUCCCAAAAACCUCCUGGCCCAAGUGAUUCAGAUUGCAACCUCUUCCUCCACAGUCAAGGAGUACAUGCAGUUCCGCACCGUGGGCACCAAGACCAAGAUCUGCAAGCUGACGCUGCGCUGGCCCUGCCCCAUGACCUUCGCUGCCAAGGGCCGGCGCAAGGUGGAGGCCGAGAACAAGGCAGCAGCUCUGGCCUGUCAGAAGCUGAAGAGCCUUGGCCUGGUGGACAAGAACAACAACCCCCUGAGCCAUGCCAUGUACAACAUGACUUCCCUGCGGGAGCUGGGCGAGAACCAGAGGAAGCCCUGCCACAUCAAAGUCCCUGAGGCCACCCUGCGCAAGAUUGAGAACUACCUGAACCACUACCCCGUGGACAUCAGGGAGUCCAGGCCCCGGAUUGCCGACGACAUGAUGAACCUGACCAAGGAGUCGGGCGCCAUCAGCGACGCCAUCACGGGCAAAACCUACAUCCCCAUGCUGGAAGCCGAGGAAGUGCGCCUCAGCCAGAACCUGCUGGCCCUGUGGAAAAGGAGAGGAGCCUCGUGGCAGGAGAGCCACCCGCUGCCGGUGGACCCUCACAAGGACACCAUCCUGUCGGCCAUCGAGCAGAACCCGGUGGUGGUGAUCGCGGGGGACACGGGCUGCGGGAAAACCACGCGCAUCCCGCAGCUGCUGCUGGAGCACUACAUCCUGGAGGGGCGCGGCGCGCGCUGCAACGUGGUGAUCACGCAGCCGCGCCGCAUCAGCGCCAUCUCGGUGGCGCAGCGCGUGGCGCAGGAGCUGGGGCCCAACAUGAGGAAGAACGUGGGCUACCAGGUGCGGCUGGAGAGCAAACCCCCCGCCCGGGGAGGGGCCCUGCUCUUCUGCACCGUGGGCAUCCUGCUCAGGAAGCUGCAGGGCAACCCCAGCCUGGAGGGCGUCAGCCACGUGGUGGUGGACGAGGUGCACGAGCGGGACGUGAACACGGAUUUCCUGCUCAUCCUGCUCAAAGGCAUCCAGAAGCUGAACCCCGACCUGCGCCUGGUGCUGAUGAGCGCCACGGGGGACAACCAGCGCUUCUCCCACUACUUUGGGGAUUGCCCCGUGGUCAAGGUGCCGGGCUUCAUGUACCCGGUGAAGGAAUACUACCUGGAGGAGAUCCUGGCCAAGCUGGGCCGGCACCGGCACCGGCACUACGAGAUCAAGCAAUCUGACGAUGAGUGUGUCCUGGACCUCGACCUGAUCACCGACCUCGUGCUGCAGAUCGACGCCCACGGAGAGCCAGGUGGGAUCCUGUGCUUCCUCCCUGGCUGGCAGGAGAUCAAAGGGGUGCAGCAGCGGCUGCUGGAGAUGCUGGGCUCACAGAACAGCCGCUACCUCGUCUUGCCAGUGCACUCCAACAUCCCCAUGAUGGACCAGCAGAACAUCUUCCAGAGGCCUCCACCAGGUGUCAGGAAGAUUGUCCUGGCCACCAACAUUGCAGAGACCUCCAUCACCAUCAACGACAUCGUGCACGUGGUGGACAGUGGCACGCACAAGGAGGAGCGCUACGACCUCAAGACCAAGGUGUCCUGCCUGGAGACCGUGUGGGUGUCCAAGUCCAACGUGGUGCAGCGGCGCGGCCGCGCCGGGCGCUGCCAGUCGGGCUUUGCCUAUCACCUGUUCCCGCGCAGCCGCCUGGACAAGAUGCCCACCUACCAGGUGCCCGAGAUCCUGCGCACGCCCCUGGAGAACCUGGUGGUGCAGGCCAAGAUCCACAUGCCUGAGAAAACGGCAGUUGAAUUUCUCUCCAAGGCUCUGGACAGCCCUGACAUUAAAGCUGUGGAUGAAGCCGUGAUCUUGCUGCAGGAGAUUGGAGUGCUGGACCAGCGGGAAGCCCUGACCACUCUGGGCAAACGCCUGGCGCAGAUCUCCACGGACCCUCGGCUGGCCAAGGCCAUCGUGCUGGCCUCCAUCUACCGCUGCCUGCACCCGCUGCUGGUCAUCGUGUCGUGCCUGACCAGGGACCCCUUCAGCAGCAGCCUGCAGAACCGUGCUGAGGUGGACAAGGCCAAGGCCGUGCUGAGCCGGGAGAGCGGCAGUGACCACCUGGCGUUCGUGCGGGCGGUGGCGGGCUGGGAGGAGGUGCUGCGGCGCAGGGACAGCCGCGCCAGGGACAACUACCUGCAGGACUACUACCUGUACGGGCCCAGCCUGCGCUUCAUCAACGGCCUCGUCAAGCAGUUCUCUGAGAACCUCUACGAAGCGUUCCUGGUGUCGUCCCCGUCCGACUGUACCAUGCCCUCGUCCGUGUGUAACCAGUACAGUGAGGAGGAGGAGCUGGUCAAGGGCGUCCUCAUGGCUGGGCUCUACCCCAACCUCAUCCAGGUGAGACAAGGCAAGGUGACGCGCCAGGGCAAGUUCAAGCCCAACAGUUACGCGUACCGGACCAAGGCCGGCACCGUGCUGCUGCACAAGUCCACCAUCAACAGGGAGGCCUCCAAGCUCUACAGCCGCUGGCUCACCUACUUCAUGGCCGUCAAGUCCAACGGCGGCGUCUUCGUGCGCGACUCGUCGCAGGUGCACCCGCUGGCCGUGCUGCUCAUGACUGACACCGACAUCCACGUGCGAGAUGACGGCUGGCGAGCGACGGUGUCGCUGACGGACAGCGACCUGCUGGUGCUGGAGGGGGACUCGUACACCAUCCGCCUGCUGCGCGACUUCCGCGUCUCCCUGUCCAAGAUGGUGGAGACGUGCCUGUGCUACGAGAUGGCCGCCAUCCCCGGGGACCUGCACCACCAGCACAGCCAGCUGCUCGACAUCCUGGUGGAUCUGCUCAAGGGCCCUCCCGGCAGCUUCGGCUCGUAGGCGGAGCCGCAGCCUCGUGUGGGGACUUGUAAUUUGUAUAAAGAUGUUCACAAAUGUUUAUUUAAAUAAAGUUCUAUUUAUCCCUUGUGAA